UUUCAGAAACAAGUCGACAACAUUGUUUAGUUGCACACUGGAUGCUAAAUUGGGGUUGAAAAACAGUGUAUGUAUGUACGUUUGCAUCCAUAUUUAACACUUAUUGCAAGCCAGCAAAUAGAUAAUUUGGGUUGUAUCGGUAAACAAGACUAGGGUUUGAAAUAUUCAAUAUGUGGGCUUGUACUAUUGCCAUAGUUUGGAUGUUGUUAUUAAUAGACAUUUGGUCCUUUAUGAGAGUAAAUUGCUCUGGAAUUUCAACUAAGGAAGAGAUUUCUGUUGGCAUUUGCCAACUAUACAAUGGAACGACAUGCAGUAAAUAUUUGUCGAAUAAAAGCGUUUUUAUACCUCCAAACUUUACUCUGGAGGAUUUUGAAGAAAGAUUGCGUGCAGCGUAUGGAGUUAUAAAGGAAUCGAAGGAUAUGAAUCCAAAUUGUCGAAUAUAUGCACUCCCAAGUUUAUGUUAUAGCAGUUUGCCAUUGUGUCGUACUCCAGAGAGAACUAAUCUCUUAUAUUUUGCGAACAAAGCUGCAUAUAAAGAACGAAAGCUUAAGAAAAAUAUUACGGAGGGGUCUGCAGUUGGAACAGAAAAUAAGUUAAUCCACAAUCUUCAUAAACGUUUUUUGGAAAAAAACUCUAAAGAGCGCAAGUUCCUUCUUAAACGAAAAGCUUCACAAUCAUAUGAAAACGCUUAUACUGAAAAGAUUUCUAGUCAAUACCCUCCAACUAAGAAUAGCGAAAAUUUAAGACGAAUAUGUCGCGAAGAGUGUGAGCUACUAGAAAAUGAACUAUGUCAGAAGGAAUAUGCAAUAGCUAAGCGACACCCCGUAAUAGGACAAAAACUGCCACUUGAAGAAUGUUCACGUCUUCCAGAACAUACUGAUUGUUCUCAUCUUGGAAUAGAAGUAGACGUUGACAUGUCUCAAAGCUGCUACUGGAAUGACGGAUCAAGUUACAGAGGAGUUUUGGCAACAUCAAACUCUGGGAAAAAGUGUUUGCGAUGGUCAUGGUUCAUGAAAGACCUCUCAGACUAUCCUGAAUUAGUGGGACAGAACUACUGCAGAAAUCCUGGCAGCAUUGAAGAAAAACCAUGGUGCUUUGUAGAUGAUAAAUCAUUUGGUAAAGUAAUUGAAACGUGCAAUAUUCCAAAGUGUUCAGAUAGUAUUUGGUUAUAUAUAUUCUUGGCCUUCGCAAUCCUUAUAAGCUUCCUUUUAACAUAUACUUUGGUCAGCUUACGACGGAGAAGAUGCACUGACAUGACAAGCAUACAAAAUAUGAGCACACCAAAUGCAGAUAAAAACAUAUACGGAAAUUCCCAAAUGAAUUCUUCACUAGAAAUGUCACGCGUUAAUAGUAGUAAUGGCACUGGUUCUACAUCCACAUUUAUUAAUAACGCAGAAAGAGCUCCACUUAUAAAACUUAUACACUAUUCUCUACAAGAUGUUGAAUUUGUAGAAGAAUUGGGAGAGGGUGCAUUUGGUAAAGUUUACAAAGGACAACUUACUACGUCUGCAGGGGAGAAAAUAUUCGUAGCCAUCAAGGCACUUAAAGAGGAUGCUUCCUAUAAAACUCAACAAGACUUUAAGCGUGAAAUCGAAUUGAUCUCCGAUCUUAAACACAACAACAUAGUUUGUAUACUCGGUGUCGUUUUAAAUAAGGAACCUUUUUGUAUGCUAUUUGAAUACAUGCCGAAUGGAGAUUUGCAUGAAUUUUUAAUUGCAAACUCCCCACAGGAAAACAAAGCAUUAACUCAGCUUGAUUUCUUAAAAAUGUCUCUUCAAAUAAGCGAGGGAAUGGAAUAUUUGUCAAGUCAUCACUACGUCCAUCGAGAUUUAGCAGCGCGUAACUGUUUAGUUGGAGAAAAUCUUAUGGUCAAGAUAUCAGAUUUUGGAUUGUCACGUGAUAUUUAUAGUUCCGAUUAUUACAGGGUACAAUCAAAAUCUUUAUUGCCUGUUCGUUGGAUGCCAUCGGAAUCAAUCCUCUAUGGAAAGUUUACAACGGAAAGUGAUGUGUGGUCAUUUGGCGUUGUUUUGUGGGAAAUAUACAGUUAUGGAAUGCAGCCAUAUUAUGGGCACAACAAUCAGGAAGUUAUAAACUUAGUAAGAUCAAGACAACUUUUAAGCUGUCCAGAAGCAUGUCCUGCGGCCGUUUACGCCUUAAUGUUAGAAUGCUGGCACGAACAAUCAGUAAGAAGGCCUUCUUUUAUUGAAAUAACGCAGAGGCUAAAUACAUGGUACGAAGGUCAGCAACAAAAAGUAAACAGUAUGAGCACACAGAUUUUAUAAAUGCCACAGGAGUUAAAUUAAGAUUAUAUAUCAUUAAUUGUACAUAUGUUUAAAAUGCAGCAAUUAAUAUUUACAUGAAAUAAUUUUGUUUCAUUUUACGAAAUAAAAAUUUGUUUUAUACAAAUUAUUAUUAGAUUUUAAUAUUAUUAAA